AUGGAAUAUCCCGAACAAGUGAUGUUAUUCGCCAUGCUAGGAAGUAUGUUUAGUGAGAAUAUAAUGACUCACACAUUCCCAUCGACCUACCUUCCCAGCUUGGCAGUUUCAGCUCAAUCGUUCAUCCUUGCGUUGCCUUCAAUUCAAACCCAGGCUUUGCUUGGCAGCCCAUUACCCAGGCUUAGCUCACCCGUGAACCUCCCUUGUUGGGUUCACCUGUCGUUGCUGUCUUCAGCUGAAUCAGUUGUUUGUUCUUUCACAGUGACAGUCUCACACAUUCCCAUCCACCUACCUUCCCAGCUUGGCAGUUUCAGCUCAAUCUUUCAUCCUUGCGUUGCCUCUAAAGCGCCAAAAAGGUUUCAUUCUCCAUUCUCAAUGGCAGACAUGCAAGAGGUUUUGGAGAGGCAAGAGCGAGAAAUUAGAAAAAGAAGGCGUAGACGAGCUGCAAGCAAAAGGGCGCAGAGAGAACUAGAUGAUCAACUUGCCAUAGCAGUGGCUUUGCUUGACGAAGAAAACCGGAGCCGCCGUGGUUCACAAAAAGGCCGUGGCCCGAAUGUGGACAGACAUAGGCAUUCUCGGGGAAUCGUUUGUGGAGUGCCCUCCAGUGGAAGAUCAAAUCCAAGAGAGAGAAAAAGAAAGAGUGCAGCAUCAAUGAAGGCUGUAGUGAUAACCACUCCAGGUGGACCAGAGGUCCUCCAACUACAUGAAGUUGAAGACCCAGAACUCAAAGACAAUGAGGUCCUAAUAAAAGUUGAGGCUACUGCUCUGAAUCGAGCCGAUAUUCUUCAGAGGAAGGGCAUGUACCCACCACCCCCAGGUUCCAGCCCAUACCUGGGUCUCGAAUGUUCUGGAACCAUUGAGGCCGUUGGGAAGCAAGUCUCCCGCUGGCAAGUCGGUGACAAGGUGUGUGCUCUUCUUAGCGGAGGAGGGUAUGCUGAGAAGGUGGCUGUUCCAGCUGGACAAGUCCUUCUUGCUCCACCUGGUGUUUCUUUGCAGGAUGCUGCUAGUUUUCCCGAGGUUUCAUGCACUGUUUGGUCGACUGUGUUUAUGAUGAGUAGGCUAUCUGCUGGCGAAACAUUUUUGGUUCAUGGGGGCUCCAGUGGAAUUGGUACAUUUGCAAUUCAGAUGGCUAAAUACUGGGGAGCAAAGGUGUUUGUCACAGCAGGAAGUAAGGAAAAGUUAGCUUUUUGCAAGAAUCUUGGAGCUGAUGUAUGCAUCAAUUACAAGACACAGGAUUUUGUUGCUCGGGUAAAGGAAGAAACGGGUGGCAAAGGUGUUAAUGUUAUCUUGGAUAUCAUAGGGGCAGAGUACUUUCGGCGGAACCUUGACAGCUUAAGUUUUGAUGGGAGGCUUUUUGUUAUUGGGACGAUGGGUGGUGCUGUUACAGAAAUAGACCUUCGCGUUGUGCUUUCGAAGCGCCUUACCAUCCAAGCUGCCGGCUUGCGAUACAGAAGUCCAGAAAACAAAGCAGCGAUUGUUAGGGAGGUGGAAAACAAUGUGUGGCCUGCAAUUGUGGCUGGCAAGGUGAAACCCGUGGUCUACAAUGAAAGCCUCAAAUUCCCACUUAUUUCCCAGUUUGGCAGUUUCAACUCAAUCUUCCAGAAUCCAGCCUUGAAUUGCUUCCAAAGGGCCAAAAGGGUAUUGGAGAGGCAACAGAAAGAAAGGGAAGAAAUCCGGCGUAGACGUGCUGAAGAAGAUCGGGACGCUGAUGAAGAACGGGAACAAAUGCUUGCAGUAGCGGUGUGUAUGCUUAAUCAAUCAAGGCAACACCGUCGUCGUCGUGCCCCGAAUGUGAACAGACGCAGGGAUUCUCGGGGAAUCGUUAGUGGAGUGGCCUCCAGUGGAAGAUCAAGUCCAAGAGAGAGAAAAAGAAAGAGUGCAGCAUCAAUGAAGGCUGUAGUGAUAACCACUCCAGGUGGACCAGAGGUCCUCCAACUACAAGAAGUUGAAGACCCAGAACUCAAAGACAAUGAGGUCCUAAUAAAAGUUGAGGCCACUGCUCUGAAUCGAGCCGAUAUUCUUCAGAGGAAGGGCAUGUACCCACCACCCCCAGGUUCAAGCCCAUACCUGGGUCUCGAAUGUUCUGGAAUCAUUGAGGCCGUUGGGAAGCAAGUCUCCCGCUGGCAAGUCGGUGACAAGGUGUGUGCUCUUCUUAGCGGAGGAGGGUAUGCUGAGAAGGUGGCUGUUCCAGCUGGACAAGUCCUUCUUGCUCCACCUGGUGUUUCUUUGCAGGAUGCUGCUAGUUUUCCCGAGGUUUCAUGCACUGUUUGGUCGACUGUGUUUAUGAUGAGUAGGCUAUCUGCUGGCGAAACAUUUUUGGUUCAUGGGGGCUCCAGUGGAAUUGGUACAUUUGCAAUUCAGAUAGCUAAAUACUGGGGAGCAAGGGUGUUUGUCACAGCAGGAAGUAAGGAAAAGUUAGCUUUUUGCAAGAAUCUUGGAGCUGAUGUAUGCAUCAAUUACAAGACGGAGGAUUUUGUUGCGCGGGUAAAGGAAGAAACGGGUGGCAAGGGUGUUGAUGUUAUCUUGGACAUCAUAGGGGCAGAGUACUUUCGGCGGAACCUUGACAGCUUGAGUUUUGAUGGGAGGCUUUUUGUUAUUGGGACGAUGGGUGGUGCUGUUACAGAAAUAGAUCUUCGUGUUGUGCUUUCGAAGCGCCUUACCAUCCAAGCUGCCGGCUUGCGAUACAGAAGUCCAGAAAACAAAGCAGCGAUUGUUCGGGAGGUGGAAAACAAUGUGUGGCCUGCAAUUGUGGGUGGCAAGGUGAAACCUGUGGUCUACAAGUAUUUUCCAUUAUCUGAAGCAGCAGAGGCUCACCGGCUCAUGGAAAGCAGCAAGCACAUUGGAAAGAUUCUGCUUCUUCCCUGA